AGGAGGCGGCAAACCCUACCUGGAGCCUUAUCUUCAACCAAAACCGGUGAACAUACGAUAUAAUCCUCACAUGUAUCAAGGAGGGUUGUUACCUCGCUUGGAACAUACAGACGAACCAGUCCGUCUUCCGGAGUACAGGCCGCGCGAUUAUUGGGCGCCCCACCGCGCGCACUUCGGUCAGAAUGACUACAUUGACCUCCUCGGUGAUGGAAAACUCGGGCCACGUGAUUUUUACACUGGACCUACAUGGGCUUUGGGUGCGCGCAACGAAUUUCAACGCGUGUGCGCUCGUCUGAACAAUCCGGCAAUUGUAGCCUGGUUGGAAGAAUUUGAGCCGUCUCGUUUGAAAUUGGACCAGAAGAGUUACCGUUAUCUUUACAAGAAAGUGAACAAGCGGAAAAACAUCAAAUUUCUGCGUUAUCGUGAUGCUCCUUGAUAGCCUCCUGUAUACAGUUAGUGAUAUAAUUUUUUAAUACUUGUGCGUUUCUCCUGCCUCCGAGUGGUAGUACGCUACUGCUUCGCACUUUUAAUUUCCCAGUUGAACUCAUUUCAACCGACUGCUUGGCUUUUUGAUCCGACCACUGCCCAGUAAAAUCUUCAUUGGCGCCGGAUAUACUUCCUACAAGUAAACGUCUGCUGUGUCAGGGUUUGAUAUUUAUUUUUAACGCCCGUACUUAAUCAUUUGCAUGGUGCGUUGGGCUUUUCAAUAUCUUUUUCACACCCUCAGAGCAGAAUGUACUGUUGCAUCACUGGGCCGAUAUUCUGCCAAC